AUGUGGUCGAACCUGGGGUCUUUCUCGGAAGCCAUCGCGUGCCCAAAGGUUGACCUGCGAGCUGGGGACCCCGGCGCCACAGGUGCGUUCAUGGGGCGGAAGCUGGCAUGCGGUUCUUCGAGCUGUGAGGUCUGUGGGUUCGGGCGGGAGGGAGGUAUUCCCACAUGCAAGGCACGGGAGGAGUCGCAGCAGCUGGUGGAGUGGACGCGCUACGAAGAUCUCGAGAGGGAGGGGAAGAAACCGCUGCCGAACCAGCUAGUGACCAAGGAGGGCAAGCUCUGCGACCUUUGGGCGGAUUCCAAGAAGCACAGCAAGGUGUACAUGGAUCACCACACGAAGGCCAUGUGGGGGAGGAACUGUCACAGGGAGGACAUGUACACGUUCCCAAAUGGCGACCUGGUUAUCGAGGUGGACUUCAUCGAGAAGUUCGAACAUGUCCCUCCAUCCGUUCUGACCUGUGCGAGACACGAAUCGACCACCCUCAUGGUCGCAGUCGUACACUUCAGCCCGCAAGUGUUGGAAGGCGGCGGCAGGGUGCACCUCACUGAGACGUGGAUCUUUGCUUCUGAAGACCCUCGCCACGACUUCGACUUCCACCUCCAUGGGAUGCAUCAAAUCGCCGAUCACUACUUGGACGGAGACGGAAGCGCAGCAACUGCGGCCGCUGGAGAGGAGAAGCGGACGCCCCGCAUGCACAUUUUCACGGACGGCUGCGCCAAGCAAUACAAGGGCAGGCGGAACUUUCGGUUUCUGUCACACAGCGUACGGCAGCUCGGCUACAUCGUCGAGCACCAUUUCGCCGUUACGUCUCACUUCAAAGGCAGCCACGACGGCAUCGGCGCCAAAGCCAAGGGUGCCACGAGGAGAGAGAUGCUCAGGCCAGGAGAACGCUAUUUAGCUGACUUCUUCGCCUCGUGGACGCCGUAUCGCAUUCGACGGGUGUACGUGAAGCUCGUCGGACCAACGGAGAUCCAUCGGCCGGAGCCGGUCCUGAAGGGUAUUAAAGGUACGUGGGACACCUACGUCUUCAUCGGGGCGAACACGGCGAGAGACGCUUCCACCACCACCAGCCUCAGCGGAAACUCAAGCAUUCCAGACGUCAUGAAGAAUGAUUGGGAACUGGCGAGGGGAACGGAGACGGGGAAGGUGGCGGGAACGGAGCUGGUUGUGCUCACGGCGAGGAAGGUUGGGGAGGAGGAAGAGGGCAGCGUG